GUCGACUCACAAACGAAAUGACAGAUGACGACUGACGAAAGAGAUUGAGAAAAGUUGAUGUAACAAACGUGAUCGCGAGUAGUUUAGCUAACAAAUCGAACGAUUUCCACUAAAUUAAGAAAGUCAAGCACCGAAUAAAGUUAAAACGAGAUUAGAUGGAGGAAUACGCUCGCGAACCAUGUCCGUAUCGGAUUGUUGAUGAUUGCGGUGGUGCUUUUGCUAUGGGUUGCAUAGGAGGUGGCGUAUUUCAAGCGAUAAAAGGUUUCCGAAAUGCCCCCUCCGGAUUCAACAGACGAUUGAUUGGCAGUUUAACAGCAAUCAAAGCUCGUUCCCCAAUAAUUGCCGGAAACUUUGCAGUUUGGGGUGGAAUGUUUAGCACAAUCGAUUGCACAUUGGUACAUUUUCGUAAGAAGGAGGAUCCCUGGAACUCAAUUAUAAGUGGCGCUGCGACGGGUGGAAUAUUGGCGGCUCGUAACGGUGUCGGUGCCAUGGCAGGAAGUGCUAUUAUUGGUGGAGUGCUGCUGGCAUUGAUUGAGGGCGUGGGGAUUAUGUUUACGAGACUUUCAGCUGAACAAUUCCGUUCACAACCGAUCGCUGAAGAUCCUUCCGUUUUAGGAGAUCCAGCGCAGAAUGCAUCCGCAUCAGGGUCGACUUCUUCUUCGAUGCCAUUUGGUUUCGGUCAGUCAGGGCAAAAUUAUCAAUAGGACAGUUAACCUCGUUUUGUAAGGCUUAGUUCGUACUGUGAAAUUUAGUUCUAUGUGAGAAAAAAUUGAAUGACUGCUGUUGACCAAAGGUGUGCUUGUGUUGGAACGAACGAACUGGAUAAAUCAAACCAAAUAGGCAGCCGUAAUUAUGUGCCGGUGAGAUGAUCCUGGAACAAUGCGCGACAAAAGGGUCGCUCUUUUCAAUCUAAUCGAAAAAUAGCCACUGCUUACUUCCUGUGAUCCUCGUCUGAAAGUGACUUUCCCUUUUUUCGACAUUUGCUUUGUACGGAAAAGGGAAUCGGUUAGAACGAAAAAUUUACCCUUUUGCUAGAUUAUGAUAGCCUAAAACCGUCACAGGACAUUUUGAUGGUGCGUAAAGAAAAAAAAUCGCACUAAAUCUAUUAACGGUAGUGAUCGGUUUUCACUGAACAUUUUGAUUCGAAAAAUCAUUUUUUGGAUUCACUACGGAGCUCCGUCAACUCUUGUUUUCUUAUCGGUAACCAGAUUUAAGUCAAAUCUACAACUUCUGUACAUACUCUUGAGGGAAAAUAUAAAACUGUUUCCAAGAAAGCAUGUGUAUGAUCUUGAAGAACCAA